AUGUAUAAAGCAAAAGUUAGCAGAAAUAAAUCAUAGAUUAAAUAUCAUAGUCAACCAAAAUUAAUAUCUCCCAAAGUAACUCCAAAAAUCACUGAAUAAAUUCCAUUAUAAUAAAAUUUUAAAAAGGCUGUACCUUAUAAAUAUCAUUUAGAGGAUUCUGAAAUGUAAAAUACUAUAUUUAAUAUUUAGCAAGUCGAUAUUAUGUAAUUAAUAUAACGAAAAUCAUCAUUAACAAAAAAAUAAUGAAACUUAGCAUGUGCAAAGAAAACAAACGAUAGAUUAAAAACCUAUAAUUCCUAAGUAUUUACCUAGAAAUAACUCAUAAACUGAAAUUCUUCCUUUAUCAUAACUAGAGAAUAGUAAGAGAUAAGUUACUUAAAGAUCAUUUCAUCAUUCUAGUCAGUUUGACAGUUUACAUACUAGAAAAUUUUCCAAAAUUUAAAGGAGAGAAAAAGAAGAGAUUAUGUAAAGAGAACAAGACUCCUAUGAAUGUAGGAGGAGUGCCGAAGCAUCUUGA